AUGUCUUCGAACCAAGACAAUAGUAGUAAGAAAGAUGAAGAGCUGUCGGAUGAGGAGAUGCGCAAACUGCUGCAGCCCAAUCCUUCUCACAAGGAGAUGAUUGAACUGGUGAAAACUCAUUUUGCUUCAUCUCCCGAUGACACUGUAGCAGUCAAGAAGGAUUUGGAUUCGUACGACGAUUGCAAUUUCUGGAUGACGAUUGGCAGUACGGAUUACUUGGUCAAAGUCCACAAUGGCGUGGAAUCAAAAGAUACCAUUCGUGCCAUGCAACACAACGACCAAGAUUCCGUCAUUCACUUUCAAUACGCCGUCAUGAAGGCGCUCGGUGACGCUGGCAUUCCAGCAUCCAAUCCCAUCUUUCCCAACUCCAACAACAAACCAAACAACAACAACAACAACCAAAUGCUCUCGGUGCCAUUGCCCGUACUUUCCAAAGAACACUCACCGUGUCCACUGAUUGUCAGUGUCUACAGUUGGGUGAAAGGAACUACCAUGUCCGCCCUCUCUGUGUUGCCCGUCGAAUGUCUCGCCGAUGCCGGACGGUUGUUGGGCAAAAUGCAUCAAACAUUUGAUUCGCAACGCGACACCAAAAGUAUGCCCAAAUCCGCCAAACGAUUUCAUCAAUGGGAUGGAAAGCACACCAAAGAAAUACAGAGUUUUGUAAAGUAUAUUGACAAUGACCGUCGACGCCACAUGAUUCAAAGUAUCAUUGAUGCCUUUGAUACAACACUACUUCAAAACAAUACUGCAGUACAAUUGUUUCGAACCAGUGUCAAUCAUGGCGAUUUCAACGAUGCCAACAUUUUGUUGAAUGACAAAUUCAAAGUAUCGGGAGUCAUUGAUUUUGGGGAUUCCGUGGAAAGUUGGACCGUUCUGGACGUUGCCGUGGCCAUGGCCUAUGCCAUGCUCUCGCCCUAUGGCAAACCGGGUCGCGCCAUUUCGGCGGCAGCUGCCGUCUUGAGAGGAUUUCAUGCCGUAUAUCCACUCACGGACGUGGAACGACAACAUUUGGGACUCUUGAUUGCCUGUCGAUUGGCAUGUUCCGUCACGCUCGGGGCAUACUCUUACCAGCAAAAUCCCGAAAACAAGUACUUAUUGAUGCAUGCCGAACCGGGGUGGAAAACGUUGGAGUUCCUUUGGGGAUACGACGAUGACAACUCCAAUAAGCGAGUACAGGUUGGCAAAGCCAUGAAUCGAUUGUUUGACAUGGCAUGUGCCAAAGCAGGUGGGGCCAAUGACGAUGCUGUGGACGUCAUUGAUUGUGGUGACUUGACCGUGGCAGACGAGUACCUCCUCCUGGACAGUAUGCAGCAGCAACGACCAGGCACAGAAGAACCACUAUUGAAACGACAAAAGCUGUCCUCAAACACAAAUAAGGACGAAAAGGUCAUUACGUUUGUCACGGGCAACAAGAAAAAGUUGGAAGAAGUACAGCGGAUACUGUUUGCGGACAAAGAUGCCAAGAAACAGUCCACCUUCGCACUGACCAACAAGAAAAUUGAUCUCCCGGAACUUCAAGGCGAUCCUAUUGAGAUUGCCAAGAAAAAGUGCGAGGAAGCUGCCAAAACCAUCCACGGACCAGUCAUCACGGAAGAUACGUCGCUGUGUUUCAUGUCGUUGAAGGAACUUCCAGGACCGUACAUUAAAUGGUUCCUGGACAAGUGUGGGCACGACGGACUCAACAAAAUGAUUGGCGCCUACGACGACAAGUCCGCCUACGCUCAAACAGUCGUAGCAUACUGUGAAGGACCAGGAAAGGAAGUGCUGACGUUUGAUGGACGAACCAUGGGGAAAGUAGUGCCAGCACGAGGCAAGUUGGACUUUGGGUGGGAUCCCAUUUUUGAGCCGGACGAAGGUGGAGGGAAAACCUAUGCCGAGAUGAGUAAGGAUGAAAAGGAUGCCAUCUCGCAUCGGAGCAGAGCAUUUGCCAAGCUCAAGGAGUAUCUGCUCCAAUCAUAG